GCCCCGCCCUCUCCCCCUCUCCUAUUGGCCCUCGCGUACUCUUGCGCGCGGGGAUUGGCGGAGCGAGUCUCGCGAGACUUCCGGCCCUGCGGCUUCCCCCGGGCGGCCCCGUGCUCAGGUCUCUUGUGGUGGCGCCGCGGAGGAGGAGAGAUGCCGGGGGUGACGGUGAAGGACGUGAACCAGCAGGAGUUCGUGCGAGCCCUGGCGGCCUUCCUCAAGAAGUCAGGGAAGCUGAAGGUCCCAGACUGGGCAGACACAGUGAAGCUGGCGAAGCACAAGGAGCUGGCGCCCUAUGAUGAGAACUGGUUCUACACCCGCGCGGCCUCCACGGCGCGGCACCUGUACCUGCGGGGGGGGGCGGGCGCCGGCUCCCUCACCAAGGUCUAUGGUGGGCGCCAGCGCCGCGGGGUCCGGCCCAGCCACUUCAGCCGCGGCUCCGGCGCCGUCGCCCGGCGCGUCCUGCAGGCGCUCGAGGCCCUCAAGAUGGUGGAGAAGGACCAGGACGGGGGGCGCAAGUUGACUCCUCAGGGGCAGCGGGACCUGGACCGCAUCGCCGGGCAGGUGGCGGCCGCCAGCAGGAAGCACUGAGGAGCUGAAUAAAGGCAGCGUCGAGAUG